AAGUGACGCACGCGCGGCCGGCGGCGGAGCUGCCAUAGAGACUGGGAGACGGAUAGACAGGCUGCUCGCGGGUCGCAUUUCUGGCCAUCUCCCCGGGAGACAAGCGUUGUGGAGUCGCUAGCCGGCGGUGCUAGUUAGGGUCUCCGGUGACCCGGACCGCGGUAGCGGCACCGCGGGCGGGAUGUUCCGGAGUUUGAGCAGUUGGUUUGGCUUGGAGCAGCCGGCGGCGGGUGGCCGGCAAUCUGAAGGAGACAGGCAGCUGGAGGGAGACGCUCCACCCCAGAACUGCUCCGAAGCGGUGACCGAGUCGGUGGAUGGGGAGCCGCAGCAAGCGGGGGACCAGGAACUCCUUCACCAGGCGAAAGGCCUCGGCAACUAUCUAUUUAGCUUUGCAACUGCUGCUACAAAAAAGAUAACUGAAUCAGUUGCUGAAACAGCACAAACAAUAAAGAAAUCAGUAGAAGAAGGAAAGAUAGAUGACAUCAUUGAUAAGACCAUUAUAGGAGAUUUUCAGAAGGAACAGAAAAAAUUUGUUGAGGAACAGCAUACCAAAAAGUCAGAAGCAGCAGUGCCCCCAUGGGUUGAUAGUAAUGAUGAAGAAACAAUUCAACAGCAAAUCUUGGCCUUAUCUGCUGACAAGAGGAAUUUCCUUCGUGACCCUCCAGCUGGAGUGCAGUUUAAUUUUGACUUUGAUCAGAUGUACCCUGUUGCCCUGAUCAUGCUCCAAGAGGACGAGCUGCUGAGUAGGAUGAGAUUUGCCCUUGUUCCUAAACUCGUGAGGGAAGAAGUGUUUUGGAGGAACUACUUUUACCGCGUCUCCCUGAUAAAGCAGUCAGCCCAGCUCACCGCCCUGGCCGCCCAGCAGCAGGCCGCCGAGAAGGAGGAGAAGAGCCACGGCAGAGACGAAGACUUGCCAAUGACAGAGGCAGUACGGCCCAAAACACCGCCUGUCGUAAUCAAAUCUCAGCUUAAAACUCAAGAGGAUGAAGAGGAGAUUUCUACCAGCCCAGGGGUUUCUGAGUUUGUCAGCGAUGCCUUUGAUAGCUGUAACUUAAAUCAGGAGGAUCUAAGGAAGGAAAUGGAGCAACUGGUUCUUGACAAAAAAGAGGAGGAGACAGCCGUAGUAGAAGAGGAGUCUGCAGAUUGGGAAAAAGAACUACAACAGGAAUUGCAAGAAUAUGAAGUGGUGACAGAAUCAGAGAAACGAGAUGAAAACUGGGAUAAGGAAAUAGAGAAAAUGCUGCAGGAGGAAAAUUAGCUCUUUCCUGAAAUAAAAGAAUAAUCCUUAACAUUCUAUAACUGACAUUAAAUUCUAGAUGAUGACGCUCGCUGAAUUAGAAGGCAGAGAAGAUUGGUAUAACUUUAUGAAAUUCAAAAUUAUUCUUUUUUCAAGCUGAAACUUGCCUUUUCUGCUUUUAAAAAAAAACAUAGGACAGUUAUUCUAAUAUUCAAAAAGAGAUGUUUUAUGUAAUAUUUCUUUAAUAUAAAUCUAGUUAGAGAUGUUCAUGUAGUCAGGAUGGUAUCUUUGCCACAGAAACACUUUUCCGUGAGGUCAGAAUUAUAAUUUAUUCUUCAAUUGUGGUUUUCUAAACAUUUGUACUUCUUGUUGCAUUUUCAUUGCUACAUACAUGUACAGUAUGUUACAGUACUUAAUGGAUUGAUAACUAUCAAAAUGACCAAAUUGUACCAAAGAACUUAAAAAGAAGCACUUUCAAGACUAUUUUCUUGCUAGAUAUUUUCUAAAAUUCCAUCUAGAAACCUAAGGAUAAGAUAAUUGUUAAUUUUAAUGGUAUAAACAUCACACAAUUUGACAUUGAGAAAUACUGUGCAAAAACAUUUUUUUUUCCCCUCUGGGGCCUUUUCUUUCUUUCUUAUUGUUUGUUUGUUUGUUUAACUAUACCACACUUAAUAUUUUUGCUUUCCUAAAUUUCCCAUCACGGUUUUUGUAGAAAGCGGGGCAUUUCGUCCUUUUUAUAUUAAUGAUCUUCAAGAAGCCCAUUCACCUUCCAGUCUCUUGUUUUUGUGAAAAUCAUCACCACAUAUAAAUGUUUCAGCUUUGUUUGUCUUAAUUAAACUGUCAGUCUUUAUAAAAGGGAACUUCACUGCUCAAUCCCACCACACUAGCAGGCCCGUGUUCAUAGACUAUGGUUAUUUGAAAAGAACAAGGUGGCUUAAUGUCACAACACUUCCAAGGCAUUUACUUCCUGAAACUUUUAUAUUUUGCAAGGAACCUUUAUUUCAUACAAGGGAAGAGGAUUGUGACAAUCCUUUAUAGGAAAAAUGUACAUAUGUAUACUGUGGACACCAUAAAAAUUAGUCCCUGGUCCUCUGGCAAAGGUAUAGUCAAUGAGAGAACUGGGUCCAAGAGCUUUGCUCUUGUUUGGAGCUUGGUGUACACGCUUGUGAGUGAACCAGACUGUCUCGGUAGGAUCCCUUGGAUUAUAGCAAUAAACGCACGUACUCUACGAAACCACUGACCCCACUGUCAAGGGAUUUCCACUGCGGUGUCACAGUUGCUGAUUACUGAGUUCGGGUUCAGAGACUGUGAUUGGCAACUUCUAAAAUAACCCUGUUGAGGGGAAAAUUUGGUUUGUUUGUUUUCAAUCAAGUUUUCUGGAGGGCAAGAAACACGUAAAAUGCCUUUAAGUAACUGAAAAGCCUGGAUGUAAGCAGAUCAGAAUAUGAUAGCACUUAGCUCUUAUAUGCACUAGCAUUCAUAUUGUUGAAUAAACAGAAAAAAAGCUUUCAGAGAAAGUAAAAAAAAACUUAAAAUGACAAUAGACAUGUUACAGUUAUUACUGUCAACUUUACGUUAUACUCUUAUUGCAUUUAAAAACAACCUAACUGCCACUGCUCUAUGAAAAUAAAAGGAUAAAAUGAUUUUAUACACAGCAUAAAAAUACAGUUAUGCUCUAUUUUUAUGAUUCAAAUAGGAGUAAAAUUAUGCUUUUAUAAAUGA